AUGCCUUUAAUUCCCAAAGUUGAUCCUGAUGCCGCUGAAGGCGCAGCAGAAAGAGAAGCUGAAUAUAACCAAUUAAAAGUAGCCCUACAUUUAGCACAAGUUGACAGGGCACAUUAUAUUGAAGAAAUGAAUUCGGCAAUGAUUAAAAUGAAAAAUACAAUUGAAAGUUUAGAGAGAGAAGGAGCAGAAUUACUAGAGAAAAUACAUGCCAUUGACAGCAAACCGAAUCAGUUGAGAGACCAGAGGACAUGCGAAGACCUGGUCAAUUUAGCUGAAAAUAAAGAUUGGUUACAAGGACAAAUAAUUCAAGAAAAAGCAAGACACGCUGAACUAGACAUUACAAUAAAUGCAAUAGAAAAGAAAUUAAAGGAAGUACAAAUCCAGUUAGGUUUAGCUGGUGGAAUUAGAGAAAUAAAUGAGCGAGCCAAAGGAAAGAUAACAACAUUAGAAAAUCGUCUGGUUCAUGUAUUAAAAACAUAUAAUAAUGGACUAGGCAGAAACAUGAAAUUACGAGAUGAGAUUGAUACUUUACGCAUGCAAAGAGCAGUGUUCGAUCAAAUCUAUCGACGCCUUGAUGGUAUUUUAAAUAAACAACGGGAUGCCAUAACUAAGCUUAUUGAAGCCACCUCAGUAGCUUAUGAACAAAGGGGAGAUGCAUCACAAAGAAUUCAACAGAUUACUGAAAAAGCCGAAAAAGAAUCACAACAACAUAAUAACGACAUGAAAGAACUCGUGAGACUAAUUGAUCACGACAGAAAACUCCGAAAAUUUAUGAAAAUCAAAUCGACUGGACGUCAAGAAGAUCCUCAGUUUACGGCUUCAAAAAUACGUCGUGCUCAAGAAGCUGAUGAUCGUAAAGCUCAGCUGGAUAAAAAAAUUGAAAACUAUGAGGCGGCACUUAAUCGUAUGCUUGAAAUAGUCGGUGAAUCAAAUACAGACAAUCUUAUUGAAAGUUUUCGUGAAAAAGAAGACAGGAAUUUCGCUUUGUUUAACUACGUCAGUGAAACAAAUGUUAAGAUUGAAAGAUUGAAUGAAGAAAAUACGCGGUUAGAAGAAGAAAUCAGAACUCAUCAGUACCUUAUGGAUAAUAUUGUAAACACACAAAAACAUUUACUUAAAGAAAUGGAAAAUGAAAAUAAAACAGCAAAAGCAUUACAGGACACUGCAGAAAAGCAGCUGGAGCACAGCAAAGAAAGCCUGAGCAAAAUAUACGAAAUGAUAACAGAUUUAAUUGAAAAGUUGGGUUGUGAUAGAACACCUUUACAGCGUCGUCUAGCAUCAUCAGAUGGUGUAAAUCACUUAAAUGCAUUGGAUUAUUUAACAGUAAUAGAAGAAAGAGUAAACAAACUAUUAUUAAUCAAAGAAUAUCUUUCCAAAGGUGAACCUGAUAUUAUGCCGAUUAGUAAACCAGCAGUGGUUGGAAACAAUUUAGCUCCAGCCUCUGUUCAAAUGCCAAAUAUUCAUCCGCCUAAACUGAAGGAACCGGUGGAAGAAGGCGCAGCGGAGAUACAAAAACCAUACUCUCGGGAGGAAUUACACAAACGUGUAAUAUCCAUAGUUGAAAAGAAAGAACGAAACCACCAUUAA